AUGUGCCCCAACCUCACAACCCUCGACUUGAACAACUGCUCCAACAUCACCGAUGCGGCAGUGAUCGCCCUCGCCGGUGGCUGCCCCAACCUCACAAGCCUCUACUUGGAAAACUGCUCCGACAUCACCGAUGCGGCAGUGGUCGCCCUCGCCGGUGGCUGCCCCAACCUCACAAGCCUCUACUUGGAAAACUGCUCCGACAUCACCGAUGCGGCAGUGAUCGCCCUCGCCGGUGGCUGCCCCAACCUCACAACCCUCGACUUGAACAACUGCUCCGACAUCACUGAUGCGGCAGUGGUCGCCCUCGCCGGUGGCUGCCCCAACCUCACAACCCUCUACUUGUCCUCCUGCUCCAACAUCACCGAUGCGGCAGUGGUCGCCCUCGCCGGUGGCUGCCCCAACCUCACAACCCUCUACUUGAGCUACUGCUCCAACAUCACUGAUGCGGCAGUGGUCGCCCUCGCCGGUGGCUGCCCCAACCUCACAACCCUCUACUUGUCCUCCUGCUCCAACAUCACCGAUGCGGCAGUGAUCGCCCUCGCCGGUGGCUGCCCCAACCUCACAACCCUCAACUUGUACAACUGCUCCAACAUCACCGAUGCGGCAGUGAUCGCCCUCGCCGAUGGCUGCCCCAACCUCACAACCCUCUACUUCCUCAAGUUGUCCUCCUGCUCCGACAUCACCGAUGCGGCAGUGAUCGCCCUCGCCGGUGGCUGCCCCAACCUCACAAGCCUCUACUUGGAAAACUGCUCCGACAUCACCGAUGCGGCAGUGAUCGCCCUCGCCGGUGGCUGCCCCAACCUCACAACCCUCGACUUGAACAACUGCUCCGACAUCACUGAUGCGGCAGUGAUCGCCCUCGCCGGUGGCUGCCCCAACCUCACAACCCUCUACUUGUCCUCCUGCUCCAACAUCACCGAUGCGGCAGUGAUCGCCCUCACCGGUGGUUGCCCCAACCUCACAAGCCUCUACUUGGAAAACUGCUCCGACAUCACCGAUGCAGCAGUGGUCGCCCUCGCCGAUGGCUGCCCCAACCUCACAACCCUCGACUUGAACAACUGCUCCGACAUCACCGAUGCGGCAGUGGUCGCCCUCGCCGGUGGCUGCCCCAACCUCACAACCCUCGACUUGAACAACUGCUCCAACAUCACCGAUGCGGCAGUGGUUGCCCUCGCCGGUGGCUGCCCCAACCUCACAAGCCUCAAGUUGUCCUCCUGCUCCGACAUCACCGAUGCGGCAGUGAUCGCCCUCGCCGGUGGCUGCCCCAACCUCACAACCCUCUACUUGUCCUCCUGCUCCAACAUCACCGAUGCGGCAGUGAUCGCCCUCACCGGUGGCUGCCCCAACCUCACAACCCUCGACUUGAACAACUGCUCCAACAUCACCGAUGCGGCAGUGAUCGCCCUCGCCGGUGGCUGCCCCAACCUCACAAGCCUCAAGUUGUCCUCCUGCUCCGACAUCACCGAUGCGGCAGUGAUCGCCCUCGCCGGUGGCUGCCCCAACCUCACAACCCUCUACUUGUCCUCCUGCUCCAACAUCACCGAUGCGGCAGUGGUUGCCCUCACCGGUGGCUGCCCCAACCUCACAACCCUCGACUUGAACAACUGCUCCAACAUCACCGAUGCGGCAGUGGUUGCCCUCGCCGAUGGCUGCCCCAACCUCACAAGCCUCUACUUGGAAAACUGCUCCAACAUCACCGAUGCGGCAGUGGUUGCCCUCGCCGAUGGCUGCCCCAACCUCACAAGCCUCAAGUUGUCCUCCUGCUCCGACAUCACCGAUGCGGCAGUGAUCGCCCUCGCCGGUGGCUGCCCCAACCUCACAACCCUCGACUUGAACAACUGCUCCGACAUCACCGAUGCGGCAGUGAUCGCCCUCGCCGGUGGCUGCCCCAACCUCACAAGCCUCUACUUGAACAACUGCUCCAACAUCACUGAUGCGGCAGUGAUCGCCCUCGCCGGUGGCUGCCCCAACCUCACAAGCCUCUACUUGAACAACUGCUCCAACAUCACUGAUGCGGCAGUGGUCGCCCUCGCCGGUGGCUGCCCCAACCUCACAAGCCUCAAGUUGUCCUCCUGCUCCAACAUCACUGAUGCGGCAGUGGUCGCCCUCGCCGGUGGCUGCCCCAACCUCACAACCCUCAUCUUGGACUACUGCUCCAAGGUUACCCUCGACUUGCGUCGCGCGCGCACUGCCAUCGUCCAACCAGACUUCCUUGCAUCGCAGCACGCCCGUGCUCUGCUUGACGUUGCUCAGGCCCAGCCCCAUCCGGUGCAUGCCAUAGACCGCUGCAACCUCCUCUCCCUCAGCGCGCUCAACACGCUGCUUGCCAACGGCGCAGACCUCUACGAUCUCGAUGAUGACAACAAGCACGCGUACGUGCACUCGCCCGCAUCCUCUGCGCCGGUCUUUGUCGGCCUCAUGAUCGAGUCGCUGCGGGCCAACGCAGACGGCGCCACCAAGCUCGCCAACGGCAUCAACAAGGCCACCGUCGCCCUCUUUGUCGUCCUCCGCGCCUCACCGACCGUUCCGAUCUCAGCCGACAUCGUCUCCGAGCUCGUCACCGCUGGUGCAGACGUCAACGCUGUUGAACCCACGUUCAAUACGCCCGUCAUUCAUGUCGCGGCUGCCAACACGGAGCACGGUGCCCUCAAGGCUCUCCUCGAGGCAGUCGCCGCCCUCGACAUCUUCCUCGACCAAUCUGCCGUCGACGGAAACGGCGCCACUGUGCUCGACACCAUUAUCGCCGCGAACCAGCUGACAGCUGAGCGUAUGGCCGAGCUGGGCGGAGUUGGUCUCGAUCCCUUCAUGCUGCAGCCGGACAACACGCACGUGUACGUAGCUGCUCCCGCGGAGCGAUCUGCAGCGUUCUCAUCUGCGAUGGUCGCCUGGAUCCGCGAGCAUGGCGACGGCGCCACCGAGCUCACCAACGGCAUCAACAAGGCCACUCUCGCCCUCUUUGUCGUCCUCCGCGCCUCACCGACCGUCCCGUACUCCAUCCCUGUCUUUGCCUUCCUCAUUCACUCCGGCGCCGACAUCAAUGCCCUCGAGCCCAUCGCUGGUCUCCGCCCGCUCCACAUCGCUGUGCUCUUGUCCAACGUCUUGGCCACCAUGGCACUGCUUGCAGCCGGCGCCGAUGUGUGGGCACCGAAUCACAUCGGUGUUCCCCCGCUCUCCACCGCAGCGAUCGAACUCGCCGAGCCGAAGAGUCGGGAGGUCUACAACCUUGUCACGGGAACCAUCCCUGUCCCCGCAGCCGUCGACGAUUUUGUCCAAGAGGCCAUCGCCGCGGGUGGUGUCGUUGAUCGGCCCGCCGCAUCUGGCAACCGGCCUCGAUCACGCGUUGACGAGCUGGAAGCUGAGCUGUCUGCGACCAGAGACGAGCUGGCUCUGAUGCAGGACAAGCUGACCGUCGCCGAGGGUGACAUCCGGGCUCUCCGCGACGACCGCGUCAAGCUCAUCCAGCACUUUGACGAGGCCGUCGCCAACUUCCAAGCACGCCGCUAG